AUGGAGGAAAGGGAUCGGCUGGAGGAGGAGAAUGAGCGGAUUGAGGAGGAGCUUGCGGAGCGGAAGAAGAAGGGGGAUAAGGAAGACGGGGAGGAGCAGGAGGGGAAGAUUCUGUCGGAUGAGGAGAUUGAGGAGCGGUGUGAGGCUUUGAGGGAGAGGUUGGUGAAGGAGAUGGAGGAGGAAGAGGAGAGGAAGGGUAAGGAGGGGGAGCGGAGGGGUGGUCGGUCUGCGCGGGAUUUGCCGCCCAGGGAUAGGAGACAGUUUAAGGCGUAUCAGGUUCAUGAGCUUGCUGAGGCGAAGAUUGAGGAGAGUGAGCGGUUACGGAAGGCGUUGGGGAUUAAGGAGGAUAAGGAGACAGGAGAAAUUUCGAGUGGGCGUCGGGAUUGGGAGGAGAAAAAGCGGGAGAGGGAGCGGGAUCGUCCUUGA